UCUGCUGUCUGAGUCUGGACAUGGAGCGGCCCGGGACGCCCGGCGAGGUGCACAUGAGCCAGGCCAUCCAGCCGGCGCACGCCAACGCCCGCGGCGAGCUGAGCGCGGGGCAGCUGCUCAAGUGGAUCGACACCACCGCCUGCCUGGCGGCUGAAAAGCAUGCUGGAGUUUCCUGUGUCACUGCCUCUGUGGAUGACAUUCAGUUUGAGGAAACAGCUAGGGUUGGACAAGUUAUAACCAUCAAAGCGAAAGUGACUAGAGCAUUCAGCACAAGCAUGGAGAUCAGUAUCAGGGUCAUAGUACAGGACAUACUCACUGGCAUUGAGAAAGUUAUUAGUGUGGCUUUCUCGACAUUUGUAGCCAAACCAGUUGGAGAAGAAAAGAUUCAUUUGAAACCAGUCAUACUUCUAAGUGAGCAAGAUCGGGAAGAACACAAUCUGGCUUCAGAGAGACGGAAAGUUCGACUGCAGCAUGAAGACACCUUUAACAACUUAAUGAAGGAAAGUAGCAAGUUUGAAGGUGCCGUGUGUGGUGAAGAAGAGGGAGCUGUUGCUACCAGGGGCACUUCUGUUCAGAGCAUUGAACUUGUCCUCCCACCCCAUGCUAACCAUCAUGGAAACACGUUUGGUGGCCAGAUUAUGGCUUGGAUGGAGACAGUGGCUACUAUUUCUGCAAGCCGUCUAUGUCCAGCACAUCUCUUUUUGAAGUCAGUGGAUAUGUUCAAGUUCCGGGGUCCAUCUACAAUUGGGGACAGGCUUGUCUUCAGUGCUAUUGUCAACAAUACAUUUCAGACAAGUGUCGAAGUUGGUGUGCGUGUGGAGGCCUUUGACUGUCGGGAAUGGUCUGAGGGCCGAGGCCGUCACAUCAACAGCGCUUUUCUUAUUUAUAAUGCUGUUGAUGAUCAGGAAGAGCUCAUCACCUUUCCCAGAAUCAAACCCAUUUCAAAGGAUGAUUUUCGACGUUAUCAGGGAGCUAUUGCACGGAAGAGAAUUCGCCUGGGAAGGAAAUAUGUUAUUUCCCACAAAGAAGAGGUUUCGUUCUCCAUAUACUGGGAUAAAAGUAAGCAGGCAUCCCUGAGCAAUGCCAAUGUGGAAGCCCUUAAGACUCUGGCGGCCAAAAGCGGUUGGGAGAUUUCCUCGGCUUUGGAAAAGAUAAAAAUAUACACUCUGGAAGAGAAAGACGUUUUAUCUGUUUGGGUUGAAAAGCAAGUGAAAAGCCCAGCACAUUUGGCUUAUCAUCUCUUGUCAGACUAUACAAAGCGACCUUUGUGGGACCCACAUUACAUAACCUGUGAAGCCAAAGACCAUGUGAGUAAGGAUGAUCAGAUAUAUCAUGUCAUCUGUCCUAACUUCAAUGGGGGUAAACCAAAGGACUUCGUAGUACUUGUAUCACGAAGAAAGCCUCCCAGAGACGGUAACACCUACGUGGUGGCCACAAGAUCAGUCAUCCUGCCAUCAGUGCCACCGUCUCCAGCGUACAUCCGAAGCGAAGCUGUAUGUUCUGGGUUUCUCAUCAAGGCUGUGGACAGCAGUUCAUGCACUGUCUCUUAUGUUAGCCAGAUGUCAGCUAGCAUCCUUCCUUAUUUUGCUGGAAAUCUUGGUGGCUGGUCAAAUUCCAUUGAAGAAACAGCAGCUUCUUGUAUCAGAUUCUUAGAGAAGGCUAUGGAAGAUGGACCUCGGAGUGAGAUGGAAAUGGCCCGCUCACAAUUACCUGCAAUUUAAUUUUCCACUUUUACUUCCAAGCAUCCUUAGUCAUGACCCUUGGAGCCAUAAAGUAGAUUUAAUAUCAGCCUAAGUAAAAUGCAGCUAAGAAGAGGUUAAAACCCAAAACAUAUCUCCAGUCACGUCUCAGUGAUUUGGAUUAGCAUUAAAAGGGCUUUGAACUGUGUUUUAGAAGCUCUGUGGCACUACCUCUCCCAGGGACACAGAUACUGGGAAAUUGCCUGGAUUAGUAUUGCAUGUUCUGAAAAAUGAUACAAAUCCAGUUAAAAUUAUUAUAAACAUUUCUAGGCUAUAGAAGUACAAUGUGUAUUCUGUUGGAAAGUUUAUGAAAUAUUAAAAAAUAAUGCUUUUUCUCUAAGUUGAUGACUAUGCAGCAUUGUAUCAUGCAUAACAGGUAUCUCUGACCAAGGCAUCUGACAUGAUGUAUUACAUGUUUUAGAGCUUUAAAUUAGGAAGACAUUAAAACAUAAUGGAAUUGAAUCAAUUUUAGUAAUGAGAACUACUUUACUAGUGACAUUGUGUGUGUGUAUAUAUAUAUAUAUAUAUAUAUAUAUAUGCAUAUAUAUAUAUAUUCCAGGUGGCUGGUCAAUUUAGUAUGUAUUGAUAUAUAUAUAUAUAUAAAUACAUAUAUAUACAUACACAUACACAUACACACUCAUAUGCACACUCACACAGAGUACCUGAAAAUGUGAUAUGACAGAGAAAGGCAAUAUUUAAUAUGUUGUCCUUUCAUAACUAUUACAUUAGCACUUUCUCCUCAAGACUUCAACAUUCAUUAUUCUACUCUAUGAUAUGCCCUAAGACAUAUUCAAGGUAGUCUCCUUUAAGGGACAACUUGCAGAAGUUGAAGGAGUUUUUCAUUAGUUUAGAGCAUUUGACAAGUUAGAUCCAUCCUGUGAUUGGUUUAUUGAACCUCUACCUCUGCUUCUUCUCACCCACCCCAACUCAUCCAGUAGGCAGCACUGGUUACAAAUAUUUUUUGCCUGUGUCUAGAGGUGUUCAUGUAUGUGAAUUUAGAUUGUGCUGUGAUUUUAUGAAUUAAUAUUUAUAUAUAAUAACGAUAAACAUGCAAAUUUAAAUGAUUGUGAGGCACUUUCCACAUCUGAAAAUAUUUUGAGAAUAUGUGUACAUUUAAAAAGUGAGAAAAUUAGUAAUAAAGGAAUUGCAUCAUAUCAAAAUUUGGCAUGCUAUAAUCUAACAUUUCUCUUGUAAUUAAAACUAUUUUGAAGGUCA